AUGAAGAAGAACAGAGAAAGAUUCUGCAACAGAGAGAGGGAAUUUGUAUAUAAAUUUAAAGUAGGAAGUCAAUGCUUAGAACUGAAGGUGCCCCUCAAAUUUCCUGUUGAAGAGGAUGCCAGUCAUUUGCAUGGACGACUGAUGCUGCUGCACAAUUUACCGUGCUUCAUAGAAAAUGAUUUAAAAGAAGCCCUGAGCCAGUUUAUAGAAGAAGAAUCCCUCAGAGAUUAUGAUAGAGAUGCAGAAGCAUCACUAGAAGCUGUGAAAUCAGGAGAAGUAGAUUUACAUCAGCUGGCAAGUACAUGGGCCAAAGUUUAUGCUGAGACCACAUUAGAGCAUGCAAGGCCUGAAGAGCCCAGCUGGGAUGAAGAUUUUGCAGAUGUGUACCAUGACCUAAUCCAUUCCCCUGCCUCUGAAACGCUCCUAAAUUUGGAACAUAAUUACUUUGUUAGUAUCUCAGAACUGAUUGGUGAACGAGAUGUGGAGCUGAAAAAAUUACGAGAGAGACAGGGUAUUGAAAUGGAAAAAGUGAUGCAAGAAUUAGGAAAAUCAUUGACUGAUCAAGAUGUAAACUCACUGGCUGCUCAGCAUUUUGAAUCCCAACAAGACUUAGAGAAUAAAUGGACAAAUGAAUUAAAGCAAUCAACUGCUAUCCAAAAGCAAGAGUAUCAGGAAUGGGUGAUAAAGCUUCAUCAAGACCUAAAAAACCCCAACAACAGCUCCCUUAGUGAAGAAAUUAAAGUUCAGCCAAGUCAGUUCAGAGAAUCUGUAGAAGCAAAUGGGAGGAUUUAUGAAGAACAGAGAAAGCUAGAAGAAAGUUUUACCAUUCACUUAGGAGCCCAGUUGAAGACAAUGCAUAAUUUGAGAUUGCUGAGGGCAGACAUGCUUGACUUCUGUAAGCAUAAACGAAAUCAUCGGAGUGGUGUGAAACUCCAUCGGCUCCAAACAGCACUGUCACUUUAUUCCACAUCUCUCUGUGGCCUGGUUUUACUAGUAGACAAUCGGAUCAAUUCAUACAGUGGAAUUAAAAGAGAUGGAAACCGAAAUGGAGGGCGUGAUGAUAAGACUAAGAAUACUGAUAGGAACUAUUUAAAUAUUUUACCCGGAGAAUUUUACAUCACACGGCAUUCUAAUCUCUCAGAAAUCCAUGUUGCUUUUCAUCUAUGUGUGGAUGACAAUGUGAAAUCGGGAAACAUCACAGCCCGUGAUCCUGCCAUUAUGGGACUCCGAAAUAUACUCAAGGUUUGCUGUACCCAUGACAUCACUACAAUAAGCAUUCCUCUCCUCCUGGUGCAUGAUAUGUCAGAGGAAAUGACUAUACCCUGGUGCUUAAAGAGAGCAGAACUUGUAUUUAAGUGUGUCAAAGGUUUCAUGAUGGAAAUGGCUUCAUGGGAUGGAGGAAUUUCUAGGACAGUGCAAUUUCUAGUACCACAGAGUAUUUCUGAAGAAAUGUUUUAUCAGCUUAGUAACAUGCUUCCUCAGAUCUUCCGAGUAUCUUCAACACUCACGCUGACAUCCAAGCACUAG